AUGAAGGUAUUUUAUAUCUUCCGCUUGCUGGGAGGAAGACGACCGGUGGAUGGCUGGGAGGAAAAAAGAAGGAGGCGAAGAAUUUCGGAGAUAAGGUAUAAACUGUAAUCAUAAUAGUAAAUUCAAAGGCCUGGAUGAGCUCUAGAUAAUUGGCCUGGAUUUUUUAUCCCCUUUAUCAAAUUUAGAAAAUCUUGUAAAAUUUGAAAGUCAGACGAAAAUUCGGGAGCUUUAGCAACAGUGCCACUUCUCAAGUGACCACUUGACAAGUUUUAGUGAAGAGAUCCUUGAGCUACCCCUUUAGUGACCACUUGGAAAUAUAGUCUAUUAUGUAUAUACCUCAUGGUGUUUUGAAAUCACACGGUGGCGAAAUAGAGUUUCAUUUUUAGGCUUCAAAUGGAUAUUUCUUCAAAAUUCACUCAGCUCUUCUCUCAAGUAGCUUCUUAAGCAAUAAGUUUUCCAUAGACAGAAAUUCUGAGUUAAGGUAAAAGAUAGAGGAACAAGUCUAGUAUGGAAGGGUUCGAAUUUUUUGAAAAUAAGUCUGUUUUGAUUGAUUAUAAAAGUCAAUGUUUCCAGAUACAAACGAUUCAAACACUCAGGCGAAAAAUCACAAUGUCCUGGGAGCAUGGCGAUUAUACUUGAGGUAUAAAUUGUCUAAUAAAAUAGCAAAAUUGAAUUGAAACCAGUUUCCGUACUAAUAUUUAUUGCAACCCGAACUGGAAUUGAAAAUUUUGACUUCAUCAACUUUCUGGCUUGAUUAUCAAAAUCUUCCCUCUUUUUCAGUUUUUUGGAAAGGCGCUCUACUCAAAAAAGGGGCUUACAACACCGAGCACAACGAUUGAAGUCCGCUUGUCCAUAUCAUCGAUUUUUAUUUUAAAAUAAAUUCAAAUUUUACUUCCUGGUUUCAUUUUCAUUUCCAACUUCCUUCGAGCGAAUCUUCCUGUUAUAAGUUUCGGAUCAGAUAUUUCCCUUUUUUUUUGAUCUCAAAAGGUCCAGAAACUUCUAUUCAAGUAUAUUAUUUUUGCAAUGAGAAAGUGGUUCAAAUGCCUGGGAAAAGUUCUAGCGGCCACUAUAGGGUUUUGACGCUUUAGGACCCAUUAUAGUAGUCAAAUCAGUGGCCACUUAAAGGCAUAGGGGCAGUAAAAAACAGGGUUUCAGGUGAAAGCAGUAUCUUAUAUAGUUUUUCAUUGCGAAUCGAAUGGCGCACUCAAAAAAAUUACAGAUGUGACUAAUUUUGAAGAAAAACGCGAUUUUACUUUCCCGCCUUUAUUUUUGAAAAAAGCUUUGGAUCGGUAUGCAGACAACUGUUUACAGUAGCCGUUCACGCGAUGUUGCGGACGUCUCAUUAG